AUCAUGUGUAAUAAGGUCUUCUUUGACCUGGCACAGCCAGCACUUGGAACGAACAAGGUAACCCAACCCAUCAAGGAGAGACCCAUCUCCCCAGUCCACACUCCACGCCAUAUUUGGAAAACUGUGAAACUUGCGUCCAGUCAAUGCUAUUAUUUACUGUUUCUUUGGCCAAUCAAUGCCAGUUGAGCCGCACUUUCCUAAAUUUGAUGCUAUUUUUUUCCCCUAAGAAGGAUCAAGAAAGAACACAUUUGUUUCCCAACUAAAGAAGAACAAUUCAACUGAGAAAUGAGAAAACGGGAAACUUUUUCCAAUUAAGAAUUCUGAAAGCUGAUCUUUUCUAGUUACUGCAACUGGGGUUUUAAUAAUGGGUUUUUGGGGAAAGUUUCUCUUUGUUUCUCUGUUUUUAAUCCACCCCCCUACCGUCAGUAGUUCCCAGCAAGAACUGGAGUUCAUAGAAUGUUUAUUGAGCAGGGGAAACUUCACCAAUAAUAGCGCCUACCAGGCAAGCCUCAAUCAUAUCUUCUCUUCUUUGACCUCUGACUCGCAAAAUGAUUAUGGGUUCUACAAUGUUUCUUUCGGCCAAAAUUCGGACAAAGUUAACACAAUUGCCCUCUGCAGGGGAGAUGUGAAGCCUGGUGAUUGCAUUAGCUGCAUCAACUAUGCUGCCGCCGAGUUCAGAAGAAUCUGUCCCAACCAGAAGGCAGCAAUUCUAUGUGCACUCCUGAUUUGUCUCAGACUCUCAGCAGCAGUGUACCUCUUGCUUGUCUUAUGGCAAAUUGAAGUUCGUUGUAACGGAGGGCUAGGAGGCAGAGCGGUUGGACCUAACUGUAAUUUGAGGUUGGAGACGUAUUCUUUCUAUGAUCCUACUCCUGAUGAGCUGUCAAUAUUGCCACCACCAUUGCCGCAGCCAGAGCCACCAGUCUCCUUUGCCGACUGCAUGGAUUUUGCAGGAAAAGAGGAGAAUUCAUCUCGAGUUAUCAUCAUUAUAGUCACUUCAGCUGUUGCUUUUCUCAUACUUAACAUCUGCAGCUGCAUCUGCAUCUUUUCCAGGAUGAAGGAGUCAAAGAAGAGAAGAAAGCUAAAGCAGGAAAUUAAAGACGUACAUAAGGAUAAUAGUGUUGAAGCCUUGCAAUUUGACUUCGACACAAUAAGAAUGGAAACCGAGAACUUCUCCAGCAUGAACAAGCUUGGACAUGGUGGAUUUGGUGCUGUUUAUAAGGGCAAGCUUCUGAAUGGAAAAGAUAUAGCUGUGAAGAGGCUUUUGGAAAGUUCUGCUCAAGAAGAGCUAGAAUUCAAGAAUGAAGCUAGGUUAAUGGCAAGACUUCAACAUAGGAAUUUGGUUAGGCCGCUGGGUUUUUGCUUGGAAGGAAAUGAAAGGCUUCUGAUAUAUGAGUUUGUUCCUAGCUCAAGCCUCAACCACUUCAUAUUCGGUAUGGUGGCAACUCCCAUUCAGCUUAAGAAUACUGGGAACUUCACCGUAAACGGUAUGUAUGGCAGGAACCGCGACCUCGCUCUCUCUUCUUUAGCCUCUAAUACCUCAGAAAAUGGUGGUUUCUACAAUACCACCGUUGGUAAAGAUCCCAAUAAGAAAACAGGCAAAUUGCUACAGACUGUUAUAAUUGUUGUUGUUGUUGGUUCAACCACUGGUUUCAUGGCAAUUCUUGCCAUCACUUGUUCCCUUCUCCGAAAGAGAUGGAAGUCAAAGCAGGAAGUUAAGGGUGUGGAUGAAAGUAUUAGUGCUGAGUCCAUGCGAUUUGACUUCGGUUUUUGCUUGGAAGGGAAUGAAAGGCUUCUCAUCUAUGAGUUUGUUCCCAACUCAAGCCUUGAUCACUUUAUACUCCGUGCAUUCUCUCUUCGUUUCACCUUAAGAAUUAAUUCUUUGCUUGAGAUCAUUAGUCAUCAAAAAGUCUAUCUUAGUAAUGGAGAAGAAGGGGAGAAUCUUCCAACUAAUGCAUGGAAACAUUGGAUGGAAUUAAGGGACUGCUCUGAAUUUUAUAGAUCCGAUCUAGAGGGAUGGCUCGAGGAGGGCAAUGUUGAGAUGCAUGCAGCUAGGCUUACUAUUUCCCUGCAAGCACUGGAAUUCAAAGAAUGUUUAUUGGACAGGGGAAACUUCACCAAUAAUAGCGCCUACCAGGCAAGCCUCAAUCAUAUCUUCUCUUCCUUCACCUCUGACUUACAAAAUGAUUAUGGGUUCUACAAUGUUUCCUUCGGCCAAAACUCAGACAAAGUUAACGCGAUUGCCCUCUGUAGGGGCGAUGUGAUGCCUGGUGAUUGCAUUAGCUGCAUCAACGAUGCUGCCACCGAGCUCAGAAGAAUCUGUCCCAACCAGAAGGCAGCGAUUCUAUGGAAAGGAUACAAGGCAAAGAAUAUUACUGCUUUCAAUGAUACCCUUAAUAAUCUAUUGGAUACCCUGAUAAAAAGAGCUGCAUUGGGUGAUUCUCAUCGCAAGUUUGCAACUGGAACUGCAGCAGUUCCAGAUUCAGAGACGAUUCACGCACUUGUGCAGUGCACUCCUGAUUUGUCUCAGCAGCAGUGUACUUCUUGCUUGUCUUAUGGCAAAAUUGAAGUUUUUUGUAACGGAGGGCUAGGAGGCAAAGCAUUUGGACCUAAAUGUAAUUUGAGGUUUGAGACGUAUUCUUUCUAUGAUCCUACUCCUGAUGAGCUGUCAAUAUUGCCACCACCAUUGCCGCGGCCAGCACCACCACAGUCUCCUUUGCCCUCAGAUGAUACUCGCAAAGUUGUAUCAGGAAAAGAGGGGAAUUCAUCUCGAAUUAUCAUCAUUAUAGUCACUUCAGCUGUUGCUUUUCUCAUACUUAACAUCUGCAGCUGCAUCUGCUUCUUGUACCGGAUGAAGAAGUCAGAGAAGAGAAGGAACCUGAAGCAGGAAAUUGAAGACUUAGAUAUGGAUAAUAGUGUUGAAGCCUUGCAAUUUGACUUCGACACAAUAAGAAUGGCAACCGAUAACUUCUCCAGCAUGAGCAAGCUUGGUCAAGGUGGAUUUGGUGCUGUUUAUAAGGGCACGCUUCUAAGCAGAAAAGAUAUAGCUGUGAAGAGGCUUUUGGAAAGUUCUGCUCAAGGAGAACUAGAAUUCAAGAAUGAAGUUAGGUUAAUGGCGAGACUUCAACAUAGGAAUUUGGUUAGGCGCUGCUGGGUUUUUGCUUGGAAGGAAAUGAAAGGCUUUUGAUAUAUGAGUUUGUUCCUAACUCAAGCCUCAACCACUUCAUAUUCGAUAUGGUUGCAACUCCUAUUUAGUUUAAGAAGCAAAUUCCCUUGGGUUUAUGUGGUAUGGAUGACAAGGCAGAAAAUGUUUGAACAUUUUGUUUGCAAGCAGUAUUUUUUGAUGGAUUUAAACCUGUUAUUUUUGUGAAUUUGCAGAUCCAAUCAAGCGCACGUUUACAA